UUAAAUUUUUUAUACUAACCUUCACACAAGUGAGCUUUCAUCCAGCACAUCCUCUCAUCUGGUAACCCGCAUAGUAACACAUAAAAUCACCCAAAAUGGUUGCAAAUCAAACAAACACAAAAAGUAAACCAGACGGUGUAGUUUAUCAACAACUAUCCACGCCGACGGACAUGCAGUCGAUCGUUCCGUCAAUGACGCCAACACCCACAACCACACCACUAAAUAAAUCACUCAAGCACGAAUUCUUUCCCGAGGUUAAAUUCUGUGACCUCUCGGCAAGCGACUUACAUAGUGCUGACGAAGAUUACGCCCCCAAUGAACGUCUCCUAAGGCAUUGUCUCAUCACAGUUGAGGAUGCCAAUGGCGGUAUCACUACCGCCACCACAACAACACUGGCUAUGUUGGAGGGUAAUGAUGUGAAGAAACGUACUCGUCUAAUCUCAAACGAAUCGGGCGACUCGAUUGAUUCGGGCUCUAGUGAUAAGAAAAAGCCAGAAAUACCAGAUGGCGGCUACGGUUGGGUUGUGGUGUUUGCCUCGCUCGUUGUUUCCCUCAUCGCAGAUGGGUUGUCUUUUUCCUUUGGUCUUAUCAAUUCAGAAUUGUUGGACUAUUUCGGAGAGUCACCAUCGAAAACUGCGUGGAUUAGUUCGUUGUUCUUUUCGGUGCCGCUGCUUAUGGGACCCAUUUGGUCAAACCUGGUGGAUAAUUAUGGCUGUCGUAAGAUGACGAUAUUUGGUGGACUGCUCUCCGCCUUCGGUUUUGGUCUGUCUUCGCUUUGUAACUCAGUGGAAAUGCUAAUGUUGACUUUUGGCAUAGUUUCUGGGUUGGGACUGGGUAUUGGUUACGUCACAGCAGUGGUAUCGAUUGCCUUCUGGUUCGAUAAGAAACGCACAUUUGCUACGGGCAUCGGCGCAUCUGGCACUGGCAUCGGCACCUUCCUUUAUGCACCACUAACGCAAUGGUUAAUCGAUAACUACGGCUGGCGCGGUGCUACGCUUAUACUUGCCGGCACAAUGCUGAAUACUUGCGUGUGUGGCGCGCUAAUGCGUGAUCCCGAUUGGCUAAUCGAGGAAAAUCGUCUGGAAAGUCGUUCACAAAGUGUGACAACAUUUUCCAAUUCAAGCGUGUGUCUCGAAGAAAUCAAAAAACUACUUGAUACUGGUGUGACAAAGGAAGCUGUACUUGAUACGCUGGUGACUAAAAACAACACCGAAGCUAACCAGCAAAUUAACGAUCCACAUGAGUUUGUGAUGAAACGCUAUCGCAGCGAAUUAUUCUUACCGACUUUCUUAGUUUCGCAGGAAUUAGAAUGUCUAUACGAGAUCAAGAGUCUGAGUCGGCGCUCGCUACGGCAAAAGGAUGGCGUUGAUGCACCUUCACGUGAAAAUUUGUUAUCCAUGUCUUCGGCUGGUCCCAACCCCACGGCGACUAUAAUUGGCUCGCCGGACGACACAAUGAUGGGCGGUAUUGCCGAAAGUGCAGCUGAAGAUGCAAAGAAAAGCUACUUGGCUUCGAUGGAGACACUCUCACCAUCUGAAAAGAAUUCGCUGGAUGGUGAAAUGCCCUCUCGAACAUCUUUGUCUGUGGAACGCAACUUUCACGACGCCUAUUCCAAAGCACUCCCGCCAACGCCACGCGAGUACCAACGGAAUAGCAGUAACGAUGGAAAUAUCGCCAACUCACGCUACUCACUUAAUGAGAACUUUUUCAGCACGAAAAAUGCAACCACAUCCUUUGUGGAUCUUAAGCCAAAUGGUUUGCGACACAAUUCAGUCGAUAUACUGAGUGAUGAAACUUACUAUAUGUCAAUUAAAAACGAUACCGCAGGACUUAUAGAGGGUAAUUUAAGAAAGCUAAAUAACGGUCGGGCAAUCAUUUCGAUACCGGAAAAUGAAACAAUCAAUAAGCCAACAAAAAGGGCACGUACCGAUAGUAUUAGCGGCAUGCGACGACUAUCUAAGUCUAAGAAGCCGAUGACACGCUCAAGUUUGAGGUACAACACCUCAAUACGUAAUUCGAAUUUCCUGAAAAAUAUGCGAAUACAUCGCAACUCAAUACAUUACCGUGGCGCGAUGUUGAAUACACAUCGCUAUCGAUUACGUGCAUCCUCGUGUCCGAAUAUCUACAGAAACUCCAUGACGACGAUCGCAAAGGAGGAAGAAGAUACGUGGUACGAAAGUCUGUUUGACACUGUGAAGACGAUCUUCGAUUUUUCGUUGUUUGCGGAUAUGAAAUUCACAUUAUUUAAUUUAUCAACAUUGUUUUCGUUCAUUUGGUUUAUUAUUCCAUACCUUUAUCUGCCUGAGUACAUGAAAAUCCAUGGCUAUGAAACCGCGGACAGUGCGAUGAUGAUUUCGGCCAUUGGAGUUGCCCAAACUAUUGGCAUGAUCGGACUCGGCUAUGUGGGUGAUCGUUCGUGGAUGAAUGUUAAUGUCUGCUAUUCGGCAUGUAUGGUGGUAUGUGGCAUGUCGGUGUUACUAAUGCCCAUCCUUGUGUCGCAAUAUAGUUUACUUCUGUUAAUGUGCAUCAUAUUUGGCUUCACAUUUGCCAGCUCAUUUUCAUUUACACCCAGCAUUUUGGUCAGUAUUGUGGAUUUAGAUGAUUUUACAUGUGCCUACGGAUUAGUGCUGUUGGUACAGGGUGUCGGUAUGAUUGCAGGACCCCCCAUUGCUGGUGCUAUUUACGAAAUGACACUGAGAUGGGACAAUGCAUUCUAUUUUGCCGGUAUAUUUAUGGCCUUAUCUGGUGUGGCCUCCUAUUUGAUAGAAUUCUGUGAGAAGCGAGAAAAGGGAAGUGACAGUGAUGUAUCUGAAACUAAGAAAUCUAAUUUAUUACAUUAAAAAUGUCUGCUAAUAAUAAAUUCGGGACUAUUUGAAUCGACAGAAAUUAACGUUAAAGAAAUAAAGUACUUUUUUUAGCAUUGUAGUCUAAAGUAUACUGUGUUAUACAUACAUAUGUAUGUUUAUGCGUGUACUAAGUAGCAUAAAUUUAAAAUUUAAUUUUUCUGUAUUCAAGUUUAUAUAUGUAUAAAGUUUGAAAUUCAAAUACACUUAUAGAUUUUUCUUAUGUACUUGACGUUGAAGAGUAGACAUUUAAAAGUAAAAUUUACCUAGUUAAUUUCUUAAAUACUCUACAUGUAUUGCAUAUAAAUUUUUGUUAUGAUUUCGAAAAGGCAAAAAAAAAGCUACAUACAGAAUAUAUGUCUGCGUUAAAUAGAAGGGCUUAGUAGUUAAGUAAAACUUUCAAGAUUUUUGAAAUUAUCUGGGCUUUUUUCAGUCUAACAGCAUACCUCUAUUGUUCCAAGACUUUAGAGAAAGCUUUUACAUUUUCAAAUUCGCUGAAAUUACUUCCCUUAAGAUUUCACUCAAAAUAAAAUCUGUAAAAAUUUUAAUAAAGCAGUUUAAAAAUCGUCAA